GAGGAUGAACGCCGCCAGCGUCAGUUCGCGCUGGCCGCCGCUCGCGACGAGCUUGGCGCGAAUCAGAGGGAGCUCCAUCGCGAUUUGGGGAAGUUCGAGGAGCAGCUGCAGAAGGCCAGCUGCCAGCGGGAGCAGAUAGCCGAGGAGCACGGCCAGCUCCGAGACGUUCUGAACGCGUUCCUGCACGAGCACGUUCAGCUGCAGGCGGAGCAGGCUUACAGAGGGAAUGAGCUGGAGCGUGCCCGCUCAGAGCGCGAGCAGACGGCUUGGGAACACUACAAACUGAACCGCGAUUUGACCAUGCUGGCGAAGAGCUACGACACCGGACUCGUGGCACCCCUGCUGGCCCCCUGAAGCUGAGGGCAGGCCGAGCGUUCCGCCCCGCUCUGCCUCCAGAGUCGGCCUUUUCGUUUGGUUUCACCGUUUCACGGCUGCCUGAGUGUACAUUAAAUCGUGCUCCCAACGAAGCACGAACCACAGGAGGGUUUAGCAUGCGGGGCCGCUGACUGGCGCCAUGCACUGCUGUCAGGUCGAGUGCCGCACGCCAGCAGAUGCAGCGUUCUGAGAGGAUGAUGAGGUGGAGGAGGAGGGAGGACUUUCGCACAUCCGAGACUUCAGGUCCUGUGCCCUUCUACUGCUUCCCCCACAUGCCGCGACCUUGCCCCAUCCGAGGCGCUACGCUCUGCAGGAGGGUGGUUGUGCCAGUGGAGCUCUUACUGGUAUCCAGAGUAUGUCCGUCCGUCGCCGUGAAUUUCACCACGUCGCUCGUUUGGUUGCCAUCAU